AUGGCAAAAAUGCUUAUUGAUCAAGCUUUGUCAUUUAUCAAACCAGGCUCACGAAUUUUUGUUCAUGGUUGUGCUGCUACUCCAAAAUAUCUUAAUCGUGAAUUAGCAAAUCGUGCUAGUCAACUCAAACCUCUUGAAAUCACUGGUGUUCUCCUUCUUGAUAAUACAUAUUCUGAUCCAAAAUUCAAAGAUAACGUUUUCCAUAAUAGUCUUUUUGUAUCACCUUUUAUUCGAUCAUAUGUUGCUGAUGGUACAGCAUCAUAUAUUCCAACAUUACUUAGUGAAAUGCCUCGACUUUUUGAUGAAAAUAUUCUUCCACUUGAUGCUGCUCUCAUACAAGUCUCGCCACCUGAUAAACAUGGCUAUUGUUCACUUGGUAUUGCACUUGAGAUAACACGAUCAGCUGUAAGAAAUGCAAAGAAAGUUAUUGCUCAAAUCAAUAGACAUAUGCCACGUACUCACGGUGAUACAUUUGUACAUAUGAAUGAGAUUGAUGCUUAUGUUGAACAUGAUGAACCAUUGAUGGAAUUAGAUUAUUCACAAGAAAUUACUGAAAUUGAAAGAUCAAUUGGUAAAAGGGUAGCUGAAUUAAUUGAUGAUGGAAGUACACUUCAAAUGGGUGUUGGUGCAGUGCCAGAUUGUGUUCUCAACUCACUUCAAAAUCAUAAAGAUCUUAGUAUUGCUUCUGAAAUGAUAUCAGAUGGUGUCAUUCCAUUAAUUCAAAAUGGUGUCAUUAAUAAUCGUUAUAAAAAAUUUCAUCCUGGACAUACAACAUGUACAUUCGUAUUAGGAACUAAAAAGUUAUAUGAUUUUGUUGAUGAUAAUCCAAAUAUUCUUCUUUUCGAUGUUGCUGUCACUAAUGAUCCAGCAAGAAUUCGUCAAAAUCCUAAGAUGUGUUCGAUUAAUUCUGCAAUAGAAAUUGAUCUCACAGGGCAAGUCUGUGCAGAAUCAUUAGGUUCAAUACAUUAUUCAGGCGUAGGCGGACAAAUGGAUUUUAUGCGUGGUGCUGCACUAAGUCAACAUGGAAAACCAAUAAUUGUUCUACCAUCACAAACAUCAAAAGGUAUUUCACGUAUUGUUAACACAUUAAAAGAAGGUGCUGCUGUAACAACAACUCGAGCUCAUGUUCAUUAUGUUGUGACUGAAUAUGGUGUAGCAAAUCUAUUUGGUAAAAACUGUCAACAACGUGCUAAAGCACUCAUUGGCAUAGCCCAUCCUGAUCAUCGUGAAGCAUUAGAACGUGCUGCAUAUAAACGAUUUAAAAAUCUUUACUAA